AUGGCUCUUAUUCCUCUCUCCACCCUUCUCCUCUCCACCCUUCUCCUCUCCACCCUUCUCCUCGCCACUCUUCCCCUCGCCACUCUUCCCCUCGCCACUCUUCCCCUCGCCACUCUUCCCCUCGCCACUCUUCCCCUCGCCACUCUUCCCCUCUCCACCUUCCCCUCUCUGCCCUCUUCCCGCCCUCGUCAUGCUCCAGGAAUCUCCAGGGCAGCAACUUUUCCGGCUCCAUUCCAGAGGCAAUCAGCAGCCUCAAGAAGCUGCAGGAGUUGUGAGUGGCGACUCAGCUACAAUUUCCUUGCAGGGACGAUACCUGCUGCAAUCACCACGCUCACUAAUCUCGGAAUCCUCCACCUUGACUGCAACCAGCUUACGGGAGAGCUGCCCUCCUUGCACCACAUGGCCCGCCUCACUUCCCAACGCGGACUCUCUAUCCGUUGCAACUACCUCACAGCCACAGCAGACCCUCCCCCUUUGAAUGCUGCCGGCCUGUACAAUGCCUCAGGCAUUCCUUCAGACCGUGAGAUCGUGUGUCUGUUCGACCACAACUGCCUUGCAGACGAGGGAAUCAUUUGCUACCCUUAUAAUCAGAGGAGAGCCAGCGAGUGCCGGGCGUUCUGUGGGGCGCAGCCGCUCACCCCGCCGUGCAGCGGCCAUGGCGUGUGCUCCUUCGUGCUUGACCCGUCUCUCGACAUGGCUGCCUGCGAGGAUGAUGCAUAUGAGCCGCCGCCACCGUACUGUGAUUUUGAGGGCCAGUGCGACUGUGAUGAGGGGUACAGGCCAGGGCCUGAUGCUGGCACGUGCGUGCCUCAAGGUGGUGCUGAGGGGGAUGGAGGCGCGGCUGCGGCAACUGUAGGCGUAUGGGGUGGCAUCACGGCACCUUCCCUCACACCCUCACCUCCACCAGCCUCUGCUGUGGUUGGGGUGGCUUUGUCUGAUAGAGCCCUUGCUGCCCGGCAAGCUGCUUUGGAUGUGGAGAUCACUUGCUAG